AUGGCGAAAUGUUUAGAUCUUUCUUUUAUUUUCUUUGUUCUAUAUGUCUUCACCGCAGCAAUAGCUAUGGCCAGAAAUCUUGAGGAGGAAUCAAGUGGUGAUACAGAGUUCGUUAAAGCCUCUUGUGAGAUAACGACGUACCCGGACAUAUGUUUUCGUUCUUUGUCUUCAUAUGCAAGCGAGAUCAAGAAACGGCCACGACAGCUUGCUGAGACAGCGCUUGCUGUUAGCAUGGCCCGAGCAAAGACAGCCAAAACCUAUGUCUCGGAGAUGGCUGACUACAACGGAAUCACAAAGAGGCAGCACGGGGCUGUCUUGGACUGUGUAGAAGAGAUGGGAGAUACUGUUGACAGGUUGAGCAAGUCGCUGAAGGAACUGAAGCAUCUGGAGGAAGGCGAGAGCGGACAAGACUUCUGGUUCUGUUUGAGCAAUGUGCGGACGUGGACAAGCGCGGCUCUGACAGAUGAAACCACGUGUUUUGAUGGGUUUGGAGGGAAAGCCAUGGAUGGGGAGCUGAAAACGUUAAUCAGAGCACACAUUGUGCGUGUGGCGCAAGAGACGAGCAAUGCCUUGGCUCUAAUCAAUGACUUUGCUUCCAAGCAUUGA